GCAUCCACAACGUCAGAGGAAACUUCUACAAUGACUGAGUCAACUUCAAGUACUGAAGAACAAACCUCGACUUCAGAGAGCACGUCGACGACGGCUGAACCCUCUUCAACCACUUUGGAACCAACAACAUCUACUGUUGAGCCAACAUCUACAACUUUAGAGGAAACUUCGACCACUGCUGAGCCAACUUCAAGUACAGAAGCAUCCACAACGUCAGAGGAAACUUCUGCACCAACAUCUACAACUUUAGAAGAAACUUCAACCACUGCUGAGCCAACUUCAAGUACAGAAGCA